CCAGCCCCCUUGGAGAAUCGCGGAGGCCCCCUUUGGGCCCGUGGAGCACCAAGAAAGCCUGUCCCGGGAUCAACCAAACUGGACACGGACGUCCCGGUCUGGCUGGUGACGGUCCCCCGCCCCCUACAACCCUUGGAACCAGGGAUUUAAAGAAUGCUGAUGGGACACCCAUUUUCUUAAAGAACAAUUUGCUAAGCUGGUUGCCACUAUGGAUGAUCAGCAAGCCUUGAAUUCAAUAAUGCAAGAUCUGGUUGUGCUCCAUAAAGCCAGUCGACCAGCAUUAUCCUUACAGGAAACCAGGAAACCAAAAUCUUCAUCACCUAAAAAACAGAAUGAUGUUCGAGUCAAAUUUGAACAUCGAGGUGAAAAAAGAAUCCUUCAAUUUCCUAGACCACUUAGAUUAGAAGAGCUGAGUUCUAAAGCCAAAAUUGCUUUUGGACAGUCCAUGGAUCUACAUUAUACCAAUAAUGAGCUGGUGAUUCCAUUAACUACACAGGAUGAUUUGGACAAAGCUGUAGAACUAUUAGAUCGCAGCAUCCACAUGAAAAGUCUCAAGAUAUUACUUGUAACACAUGGUCAUAUACAGGCUGCCAAUUUGGAGCCUCUGCCAUCACUAGAAGAUUUGGACAAUACACCAUUUAAAGUAACAGAGAUUAAAAAACGACUUCCUGUAAUAGGUCCUAUUACCAGAGAUAGAAGUUCACCUCCCCCUGGAUACAUUCCAGAUGAACUACAUCAGGUUGCCAGAAAUGGGUCAUUUACUAGUAUCAACAGUGAAGGAGAGUUUAUUCCAGAAAGCAUGGACCAAAUGUUGGAUCCACUCUCAUUGAGCAGUCCUGAAAAUUCUGGCUCAGGAAGCUGUCCAUCCCUUGAUAGCCCUCUGGAUGGUGACAGCUAUCCCAAAACUCGAAUGCCAAGAGCUCAGAGCUAUCCAGAUAAUCAUCAGGAAUUCACAGACUAUGAUAACCCUAUCUUUGAGAAAUUUGGAAAAGGGGGUACUUAUCCAAGAAGGUAUCAUGUAUCAUAUCACCACUCAGACUAUAAUGAUGGUCGCAAGACUUUUCCAAGGGCUAGAAGGACUCAAGGAAACAGCUUCCGUUCUCCAGUCAGUUUCAGUCCUACUGAUUGUUCAUUAAGUACCAGUAGUGGAAGCAGCAUCUUUACUCCAGAGUAUGAGGAUAGCCGAAUGAGAAGAGGAAGUGACAUAGAGAAUCCCACUCUGACUGUAAUGGACAUAAGCCCACCUAGCCGCUCACCAAGAGCACCAACCAACUGGAGACUGGGCAAAUUGCUUGGACAGGGAGCUUUUGGUAGAGUAUAUUUAUGCUAUGAUGUUGAUACAGGAAGAGAGCUGGCAGUUAAGCAAGUUCAAUUUGACCCUGAUAGUCCAGAGACUAGCAAGGAAGUAAAUGCACUUGAGUGUGAAAUUCAGUUGUUGAAAAACCUGCUGCAUGAGAGAAUUGUUCAGUAUUAUGGCUGCUUACGGGAUCCCCAGGAAAGAACACUUUCCAUAUUUAUGGAAUAUAUGCCAGGGGGUUCAAUUAAGGACCAGUUAAAAGCAUAUGGAGCUCUUACUGAGAAUGUGACCAGAAAAUACACCCGACAGAUUCUGGAAGGAGUUCACUAUUUGCACAGUAAUAUGAUUGUACAUAGAGAUAUUAAAGGAGCAAAUAUUCUUCGAGAUUCAGCAGGAAAUGUGAAGCUGGGAGAUUUUGGUGCCAGUAAACGACUUCAGACAAUCUGUCUUUCUGGUACAGGAAUGAAGUCUGUCACAGGCACACCAUACUGGAUGAGUCCAGAAGUCAUCAGUGGGGAAGGUUAUGGCCGGAAAGCAGAUAUCUGGAGUGUGGGCUGUACUGUGGUAGAAAUGCUAACUGAGAAACCACCUUGGGCUGAGUUUGAAGCAAUGGCUGCCAUAUUUAAAAUUGCUACUCAACCAACCAAUCCAAAACUGCCACCUCAUGCUUCGGACCAUAGUCGAGAUUUCCUCAAGCGGAUUUUUGUAGAGGCCAAAUUGAGACCAUCAGCCGAUGAACUGUUAAGGCACAUGUUUGCACAUUACCACUAGCAGUCAGUGCUAGUCAGUGCCUCUACCCAGCUGAGAUCUACUGCAUUUACCUUCUCUCUGACUGCACUUUUUCUUUUUAUAAAGAGAGAGAAAGAAAAAAAGGGAAAGUAUUUCUCUUGAUUCUUGGUUUCAUUGAAUUUGUCUAAAAGUAAUCUCACAUUUUUUAUAUUUAGAAUACUUUUCCCCUAUCAGGACUUGAAAUUUUUUUUUUAAUAAUGUACUGAUGUGAUUCUCAGAGAUAAAGCACUUUAGUACAUAUUCACAUUAUUUAAAAAAAACAAACAACGAAAAGAGACUGUAAAAUUCUUAAGAAUUAGCCUUUUCUCAUACUCCUGACACAUUUUUGGUGAGGGAGGGAUGGAAAAUGAUGGAUAGAAUUCUUCUAAUUUCCAUUAUUUAAUGAUAGUAGUUAAAAUAGAUCCGCACGCCUGGGGUUGAACCCCAGAAUAGAUUAGAUUACUGAUAGACUUAAAUAAUAUAGACUUCAUCAUGAGUGUUUAUGCCCUGCCAUAUCCAAGCUUCUGCCUGCCACUCUUUUUGCUGAAAAGACAUCUUGAAGAAAAAUAUGAAUUUCUAAGAGAUGUGUUUACUUAUCAUACUUAACAAUUUUCAGAGAGCCAGAAUUAAAGGUAAAUACACUAUAUAAUAGAUCCAUAUUUCUGGAAAAGACAAAAGUUUAAGGAAUAGUCCUCUAGUGAAAAAUGAAGUCUCUACUAUAUUUUUAAACAGAUAUGGAAGCAAGCAAAAAAUUCUGUUAAAAGUGAAAAGUAAAAGUAAAUUGUUUCGAUGUGAACAGACCAAUUUGUAAGAAACAUCCAUUGAAUAGUCAACAGGAAUAGCAAAGAGAAAAAACUCUUCAGUAUUUUCUAUUUUAUUCUGAGGGGGGAAAAGGUCCUCAAUUAAUUGAAAAAAGAAGACAAACUGAAAACAAUCAAAAACACGCAUACCUUCUUCCUUUCUUAUUUACCACUUCCUUGUAUAUAGCAUUAAAUACAAUCCAAUCUAGGGGGUACAUGCUUUGAAGUUGUUGGAUAUAUCUUGACAGAACAUGAAAGCAUGCCUUCAAGGUCAUAGAAGAGCAAAAAGGCUCUUGACGGGAAAAAAAAAUAUAUAUGUAAAAUAUUAAGAUGUAUACAAUUAUGUACCUCAAAACAACAACUGAGAAAGAUCACCUUCAAAAAAAUAAUGCCUGAACUUCAAAAACUAUUCACAAAUUCAGCACCAGGAUUGUCUAAUAGCAAUUACCACAAUUUCAGAACAAGGGAUAAACAUCCCAGAAAAAAGAAAUUCUUUUUUCCCAACUGUCAUUUCAUCAGAAUCACCAAUCAUUCAGUUACAGAAAUGAAGUGGAAAUUGGUAGAAACUUGUAUUCUGUCUUCAAACCUCAGAUAUGAAGAAAAUAAAAUUUGAUGUUUUCCAUUUAUCAUGAAGAAUCAAGAAAUUCCAGGCUAUUUAUGUCUUUAUAAUGAUGAAAGAUGUGAAGUUUCUCUCUAAAAACACUAAAUGGAAUAUGAACUUUUUAGACCCCAUGGUAUACAGCACUGCAAAUGAAAAAUAAGGAAGAUUUCAAUAACAUGGCUAUUCAUGUUUUGUUACUCUGCAUGGGAAGGAAAAAGUAUUUCCCACCUGAAGGUUUUUAAUUUGAGUAGUAUUUCUGCUAAUGAGGUAUGUGUUUUUAAGAAUCCUUUGAAAACAAUUUGUUUCUGAACCCAGUUUAAUAGAUGUAAGUAGAAUGAAUGACUCCUAUAUAGCAUACUAGGCAGGACUAUUUGAAGUUGAAAUUCUCAGAAGAAGAAAAAAAGCACAGGUAAAUUGCCAAAGCUUCUUUCAUGUUCAGAGAAGCAGCCUGCAGAAGCUAAAAGAAAAUGCAAAAUAUUCAGAUCAUGUAGGUAAUUAUUCUAAGAAUUCAUAAUCAGGGGGAGAGGGAAGAGAGAGUAUUUGCUUAGUACAUUAUGUGCCAGAAAUAUAAACCCCAAGUGUGUGGAUCUAUUAUAAUCUAUUUAUCUUUGGUGGGUAGUACAGUCUAUUCUACUCAAGCACUAUCAUAGCAUCUGGACCAGUGAACUUUUCUUUUGUCUCCUUUUAUUGUGAUUUCCCUUUGUUUCAUUUUUGGUCUGUCAGGGUAACCAGCAGUGCAAAGUAUGGGACAAAUGGCUUUUACAUAGUCAUACUGGGAGACUGUAUAACAAUAAUAACAAAAAAGCAAAAUAGUUUUCCCUGUGUUCUCUGUGUCCUUGACCUGGGCUUAAAAAGCUAUUAAAAAAAUUAAGCAUCUAAAAAAAGGGGGGUGGGGAAUGGAGAAAGCCCUUCUUUCUUACUGCUGCAGAGGACCUUUGCUUUAUAAGCAAAAUUUUUUUAAUAGAGUUAGAUAUAGGUGGGGGAGGGAAGGGAAUAUACUUUAUGUAAAAAUUGUUUUAAAAAUAGACAUAGUUUAUUUACAUAGGUGUCCUAUAAAACAUGUAUCUGAAUUUAUUGAUUUUAAACAGGUUUGAAGGUACCAAAAACCAUUCUGAAAAUGAGCAAAUAUGGAGCCAUUGGUUUAAAAAAAAAUUACCUAGUGAUAGCUGGAACAUUAAAAAAGAGAGAGAGAACCAAAAAAAGAAUUUGGAAGGAAGAGCCUAUAUCAGGUGUAUCUACAGCACUCCAAAAUUUAAUAUUAUUUCUUCUUGUUAGAUUAUGAUGUGGUGCGGCAAAUUAAAUUGCACUAUCUGAAGGUUGGAUUUUUUUCAGAAACUAGUUGUCCCUGAUUUUCGCCUGUUUUUAAAUGCACAACUUUUUUCUAUACUAUAAUAUUUCUUUGCUGCAGCUGGAAAACAAAAAUUAUUUAGACUGCUGCUUUUGUGCCUUUAAAAAUUCAUUCUGUCUUGGCAAUGGCAGACAUGUUUGGUGCUGGAGAAGGUUCACUUGCAGUCUUAUAUAUGCUUUCCAGAAUAUCUAGCUCUUCCUAUUUAUAUUUCAUAUAUGUUUGUGUAUAUAUGUGUGUAUGUGUGUGUAUACAUGUGUAUGCACCCACACAUAUGAUAUAAAUAAAAUUGGGCUGUGAGAACUUUUAUGUUUAUGACUUUGCCCUGGGCUAAAUUCAGGACUUUUAUACUGCAGGUAUAAUGUGCUGAAUAAGAAUGUUGCAAAAUAAGGGAAAACUAUGUGGGCUAUAUUAGUUACUCUCAAUUACCUUAUAAAUACCAUGAUGUUUUUAACAUAUUUAAAAGGCAGAUCUCAUAAUUUCACUAUGACCUCUCACAAAAAUUUUAGUAAAGCUUUCAAUUACUGAUUUUUUUUUUAUUUUAAACAGACUGCUACAUAAGGCAUUUUAAAAACCUUUUCAUAGAUAACUUAAAUUAUUAAAUGCUAAUACAAGUGCAGAAUUGGAGGGAAAAGCAAAAACUUAGACAUUUCAUAGUAACUUGAAUUGGGCAACUUAGAUACAUCUUCAUGACAAAUCCUAGAUAAAGGAAGAUCAUUUUUUCAUUUUUUUUCUCUGUACUGGUUCUCUACUACCAAAUUUUGAAGCAAUCAGGGGAAUUUUCUUAACAAUCUAAUGUGUAGCCAAAUCCUCUCCCAAUACUUUGAAAAUACCUUCAAAAUCUUGCAUGUUAUGUCUCAUCAUAGUCUUGAUUCUUAAACUUUGCAAUUCUCAUUCUAUUCACUUAUGCUGAUGUUAUCAAAUGUUUUUCAUAGAACCAUAGUGAUGGCAUUGAAGGAAUUUUUAUAAUAAAUGCCAAUGCAAAUUAAAUAGCCAAAUCCUAAUUAUAAGUAGAUAAAAUCAGGAUUCAUUAGACAAUUGGUAAACAUUACUCCUUAGAGUUCUAAUAGAAUUCAUUGACUUCAUUUUGGCCUUGAAGCUUAUUGCUAUAAAUUCAUUAAAUUAUUUGGCAUUAAGGAUAUUUAAUUGUCCAUUUUUAUUAGAUGUAGGAAAGAUCAUUGUUAUUCUUUUAACCAUACCUUUUAAAAGCAUAAAAUUAAUCUGUGUUGUGAUUAUUUAUUAAUAUUAGAAUUAGAAUUAGGUUUUUUCCCCAAAGAAACACAUUUUAAGUUGUGGGCAAUUAUCCAAUCUUAAUGAUUAAUCUGGGCACAAUUGCUGGAAACCAAGAUUACUAGUCAUGACUAAAGUGAUAGCAUUGCAGAGCUCAGUCAGAUUCUAGAGUCCAUAUUUCUUUUUAGUAUAAGUUCCUUUAGGGCAGGAACCAUAUCUUUGUGAUCUGUGUAAUGCGCUUCAGCUCCUAGGACAGGGCCUUCCAUCACAAUAAAUGUUGAUGGAAUGGAAGAGUCUCUUAGACUACAGAAUACCUGAUAGACAAUUGUUCACCUAGCCCUUGCUUAAAUAUAAACAGUAAUGAAGGACAUUUACUUUUGGGGAAAAUAAGAUUACUUUCUCAAAAAGAUUCUUUUGAAAAUUCAUUUCAUCUAACUUGCUUUAAGUAAAAUCUGAAAUAUUUGGAAAGAACUAAAAACUCAGUAGAAUUCGGGGGGAGGCUCUUUUUUUCAACAUAGAAUCACAAAACUUAAAAAUUUAGAUGCCUUAGUUCUGGAUUCAUAUUUAUUUUAGUCUGAAACUUUGAUUUCAGGCAAACAUUAAAGAAAAGUAAUUUUAUUGGAAACUUUUUGUUAGUACUUUUUUAUGUUCUAGCAGUUACCAUUCAAAUCAUAAAUCAGAUGUGCAAUUUCCAAAAUUAUAAGGCCAUAGCAGAUUAUUUGGCCACAAAAUGUGAAUUGGCCUCUGUUCGUGCAUCCUAAGGCUUCCCUUCCCACAUUUCUCUAUCCUCCCUUUUUUACUAUAUUGCUAGGCCAGAAACACGAGUCUUUGUAACAGACACAAUCUGAAUUCCUAGGUCAACUUAAAAAAAGGAACCCAAAAGAUCAAGAAAUGAGAGAUGAAAAAUAAAAUUUUCCGGGCCUAUUGCUUAAUUUUAAAUUAUGUUUGAACCUUUCAGGUCUUCAGAUCACGAGUCACUGUUAUUUCCAUAGUGGUGCUUAAGCCAUACAUUUACCUAAGAAGUAAAGUAUUUGCUGCUAAUGGUUUAAACAGUAUGACUUAGGGAAUUAAGAAGAGGACUAGAAAUUGAUAAUAGUGGAUCCUUAGCAAUUAGUCACCAUGUAUUAAACAUCUAUUAUGGGCCAAGCACUUACUAUUCUAUGUGCUAGAGACACAAGUACAAAGAAUAACAAAAUUACUACUCUCAAGAUGCUUAUGUUCCAUAAUCUUUGAUAACUGUGCAUGUGCCACUAAUUACACAGCUCACAUGUGUGUAAAGCAAAGGGAAUUGGGGUCAAGAGGCAGAGAACUGAAUGUCAGACUCCGUGUUAAAAGCCUUUUUAGACUAAAUUACUCACUACAUUGCCACUAUUAGAAAAAUAGAUAAAAGAAUAUACUAUGAGUAAAAUUGGCUUCAUAUAGGAAAGUCAACUGAUUACUACAAAUUACUGUAAAGGCUCUAGUUUUAAAAAAAACAACCUCCAUAAAGGUAUUGAAAAUUGCCAAACUCUAGGUUGUUGAAAGUGGAUGAUUAAUUCUGGGAGGCUCUAUUUUCAUCAUCAACCCAGAGCUACUUAUACAUAUAUACUUUUGAGUGAUCCUGGGCAAGUCACUAAACCUCUCAGUGUCCCAAAACUGACUAAGUUACUGAGCAGGUGCUGAUCAGCAUUGGUAGAGGAAAUCUCUUCACUGGAAAUACCUUCCACCAGUGAAAUCGCAUGUCUAACAUUAUGGUAUAGUGGAAUUCUCACAAGUAGGGAAUUCAAGAACUGUGUUCUUGCCUCAACUCUGACACUAACUCACUGUUUUCUUGGUAAGUCAGUUCAUUUGUCUAGGCUUCAAUUUUCCCAUCAAUAAAAAUGAUGGGUUUGGACCAGUGUUUGAUUAAGCUCCCCUGUAGCUUUAAUAGUUUCUGCUUUUAAUUAGAAAAUUAGGUUACACAUUUGUAGCAGACUCUUCGGAAUAGAACACCAACAAAUAACCAAAAAAAGUUUAUUGCUUAUCCAUAGCAAUUCAUAAGGAAAUUUCCAUUAUCUGUUUUUAGCAGGUUAAGGAAAUAGCAUAGUUUCACAGUUUUUCCCAGGUAGUUUAUGUUCUUUAGCUUGGUUACCCACAUUCUGUCAAGGGUGUACUAGACAUAGGGGUGAGAAAUAACUAAUCCUUUUUAAAUUCAUCUUUGAGGACAUGUAAAGAUAGCUAUGAGAAAUUCUUACAAAUGAUAGUCAAAAUUGGCAUGCUUUAACUGAAUAGAUUUAAAGGAACUGUUCUAUCUGCAUUAGAGCUCAAGGAUAUAUCUCAUUUACUAACCUUGUAAGAAUUUCUUACAAAUCUGUUCACAUUUUCCAUGUUUGCACAUUAAAAUUUAAGUCCAUAUGGUAUUUUUGUUAGGAAAGACAAAGGUAUUAAUUAAAACCAGUAAUGUCCCUAAUGGCUAGUAACUUGGUUUUUAUUCAUGAUAUGCGUUGUCAAAAUCACUUUAAACCAAAGCUUUUAUAACCUCUGUAGACAGAGCCAUACAAGUUGUUUCAUAAAUGAUUAGCACACCUGUAAGGCCAACCAAUAAGUUUUUUGUAUGUGGGACAAAACAGGUAGGUACUAGUAGAACCUCUCCCAGCACAUCCUUUUAGAGGAUGUUUCACAUUCAGUUUUUACACAUUAGACUGCAGAUUCACUCCAGCAUUUAAAGAACUUUAUAUAUAUGGAUGAAUAUUAGCUUAUAGAAGGUAAAAUUGCAUUGGCAUGAUUUGAAUAUAUUAUGCCUCAACUUCAUGAAAUACUCUUUCUAUUGUCUUAAAAUUGUGAACAUGUGUUUCAUUUAAGGAGCAUUUCAGGCAAAGCUGUGAAGAAAAAAAUGGUUCAUGGACUGAUCUUGUGCCAUAAAUAAAUAUAUUUUGGAAUUGAUUGAGAAGUAAUUCCUUUUUUUUUUUACAUUAACUGAAAAAAUGAUUCUGCCCUUGAGUCCAUGUGCAGAAUCCAUCCCCAUACUAUAAUUUUAGAGAUAUAAUUCUAGCCAAUAAGUGUAGUAACCAAAAGCACUUUUAUUUAUAAUAAUAGGAUAUUCUCUUUUUAAAAAUGCAAACAACAACUGAUGGUACUGCCAUUCAUAAUAUGAAAGUAGGAGAAAAGUAUGUUAGCAAAAUUAUAUACAGAACUCUCUUAGAAAAUUGGGCUCUAUAAGAUUAUUUUGCCUAUAUCUUGGUAUGUUAUUUUUCCAAAGAUUCCCAUCCCUUCCCCUCCCUCUUCCCCACCAUUAGAAGAAAGCAAAAGGGGGGGCGGAUCAACUUUUGAGGGGAAAGGUAUCCGGUAUAAGGAUGAGACAGAGUGGUCCAAAGCCUUGCAAUAUCUUGUUCAAAUACAAGUACAGCUUCUAAAAACAUAGGGAUUAUUCAUUUUCAUAUAGUUAUCUUUAAUAAAAAUGUUUUAAAAGUAUGUGAGAGGUUUACAUUUCCAUUCAUCUUGGUUUUAAAAUCUGAUAUCCUGUAUUCUUAUCUAUAAAACAGUUAAUACCAAAAAACACUUCUAAUGUCUGACAUCUCUUAUUUUUCAUGUGGUUCUUGUUCAGAUGUCAUUGUAAAUAAAAUAAACUCAGAUACGUUUGAAAGACUUAUAAUUGUCACAAAAAUAUGAAUACACACUUGUAAAUUUACCCUUUGAUCUAAUGUACAUUUUUUAAUGUAGCCAUUAACUUCUAUGUAUUUAAUCUAUCCAUUUCUCUCUGUAAAUGUUUCUACUCUCAGUUGAAUGCUGGGCACAGUUUGUAAUGUAUGUACAAAGAUGUUUUUUUCUAUCAAUGUUGACUUUUUUGCACAUUUUGGAAAUGUUUAAUUUGUACACUGAUUUACUACUCUGACCAAUAAUUGUAUAAGAGUGUAUGAGAAUCAUGUAUGAGUGCAUUGUACUACUGUCUGUAUGUAUGUUUAAAAUUUUUUUGAGGUGUAGCUAUCAGUGACUGCUCUGCUCUUGCUGAUUUCAGUGGGAUUUCUUGCUUUUAAAAAAAGUAUAAUUUGUGUAUGGUCCUAUCUUGGUUGAAGAACUCAGGAGUUCAGCAUUACUUUCUAAUUACAUGAUAUAUUCUAAAAACCAUUUCUAAGGGUUUAUGUGUAACUGUGUGCAUCAGAGAUGUGUGUAAAUGUGUAUGUAUGAAUAUCCGUGUGUGUGAAUGUAUAUAUAUAUCCCAGUAAUUUCUUAUUUCAGUUUCAUUUAUACAUUUUUAUGAAAUUGUUUUUUAAGGGUACUAUGUUUAGUUAGAAUAAAUAUAUAAAAGCUUUCUGAGAGAUAAUUUACUAGAUAAAUAUAUUUUCAGCUGGCUGAUGUUCAGAAAAUAUUUUUUUAAUUUUGUUUUUAACCAUUCAAAAUGUAUUUGUAUUUCCAAAAUUAGACACAAAUUAUACUUAGAACUCUGUUAAAACACUCUUGCAAGGAAAAACAGUGAAUUCUCUUCUGAAGUUUUUGUGAAGUUCAAAUGAACAAAAUGCUUCAGUAAAGAAAAUACACUGUCUCCACUAAAAGCAGCCUUUGAAGUCUCAAAAGCUAUGAAAAAUUUAGAAAAUGAAAUCCAUCUUGAAAAGAUGUUUGUAUCUGCUAGCCUGUCCAUUGUUGCUUUUGAAUGUUUCCUUUUUUCUGCCAAAAAUGGACAUCCCCAUUUCAAGUUUUUCUUCACAUUGGGCAAGGUCAGAAUGGGUCUAUGAAGUGAUAUAUUGAUAUAUCGUGGUCCUUUGUAUUUGAAUUACUAAAAAUUGGUUUAGAAAUGUCCUAUCAUGCUUUGAUGUGGCUUUAUUCUGUACUAUGUGUUUUAAGAAACUGGCAGAAUAAGAAUAGGAAAUUUAAUUUCCAACCUGAUAACAUUUAUGUGAUUAAAGAAAACCUGUAUGUUUUUAAUAUGCGGUACCAAGUAAAAUUGCUCAUGCCUAGGUAUAAAGUGCACUGUUGAAUGUCACUAAAUCUGUAGUUUUAAAAGGAGCCGGUAUACUCUUAUUAGGUGAAGUACCUACCAAAGGUUUGGUACAGUGUGGUUUGUUCCACAUUUCAUGCACAUUUUGAUUUUAACACAUUCAAAAUGGUGCUUGUAAAAAAUGUAUAAAAAUGCUUCUGAUUUUUUAUUUCUAUGUAUUUGUUUUAUUUUCUUUCUGGUAAAUGGCUUUUAUUAUUUUUUAUUUUUUUUUGUAUCUAUUGUAAAAGAAACCAUGUUUAUUUUGUUAGUGACCAAUGACUUUGUUUAUAUGAAAAUUUGUAUAUUGAUGGUACACAUCUUUGUUUAGGUUUAUCAUGCAUGAGGACCUGAAAGAAUUAGCACAAUGAACAUUGCUUUUUCUUCCAAGGUAAUUCAUUUCUUGAAAGGUUAUGGUACAAAGGCUUACUAAAAGUAACCUUCUGGACUAUGGAAUGAAUAUAAAUGGCACUUUGAGUGUUUAAUAAAAGCAAAUAUUUAUUUCCAA